GAGAGAGAGAGAGAGAGAGGGUUGUAUAGCUAAUACUGCAGGAGUAUCAGGGGUAAUAAACUGGAGGGUGGACGUGCCCCCUCUCUCCUCCGCAGUGCACUUGCAGCUUAGCAGCACUCCGGACAGGACUCUUCUUCUCCUCCUCUCUGUGUGUUUGUGUGUGCUGGUAGUGGUGGUGGUGCUGAGGAGUGCACCGACGGUCGCAGCUGACUCCAGUCCAGAGGUCCCGGACAGAGGCGUGAUGGUGCGGACUCAUUGAUAAAAUCCGCUGCCGCUGGAAUUAAAAUGAGCACUCCCGCUGAGCGGCUCUCCUCCUCCACAUAGCGCUGCCUUCUCUGCACAAGAUCUGUUUGUGUGUUUGUGUGACUCCAGCAGGCGACGCAGGAUGACUACUACCUUAUCUCUGGUGAUUCUGUGCGCUUUGGUGGCGUUAGCGUUGGCGUCUAAGACGGAGCGGGCGGUGCAGCUCCCCUGUGACUCCGGCCAGUACACCACCAAUGGAGAAUGCUGCCAGGAGUGUCCACCUGGAGAGGGAGUGGUGAAGAAAUGUGGCGUCACACAGACUGUCUGCUCCCAGUGUUUGGACAGUGAGACCUUCUCAGAGAACUACAGUCACACAGAGCAGUGCAGGCCCUGCACUGAGUGUACCGGCCUGAUGCGCAUGGAGACGCCCUGCACCGACUCCAACGACGCCAUCUGCGUCUGCAACUACAACUUUUUCUUCAACGGGCUAUCCGGCCAGUGCGAGCCAUGUACAGUGUGCCCAGUGGGCCAGGGUGUGUUCGCGCACUGCGAACACGACCAUGACACGGUGUGCGAGGAGUGCGUGGAUGAUACCUUCUCCGACCGCGAAAGCUCCCUCGACCCCUGCCUGCCCUGCACCAUCUGUGAUGAGGAGGACAGUGAGAUACAGCUGGCUGUGUGCACACCAAACAGCGACUCGGUCUGUCACAAUCCUCUGCUCCCAACAUAUAUCUCUCCCACCUCCGAUAUGGGUCUGUCUCCACCCUCCUUCACCAAUUACUUCCUCCCUGAUGGCUCCGACAGCCCGCUGCCAGGAGGACAGACGACCACGUCCAGCGCCGGCUCUCCUCGCUUCCUCGGCCACGGGCUCAACGAAAACCUCAUCCCCAUCUACUGCUCCAUCCUGGCUGCCGUGGUGGUGGGCCUUGUGGCCUACAUCGUUUUCAAGCGGUGGAAUAGCUGCAAGCAGAACAAGCAGGCAGCUAAUAACCGCGCAGCUACAAACAACCAGAUGGUGACGCCGGAGGGAGAGAAGCUGCACAGCGACAGCGGCAUUUCGGUGGACAGUCAGAGUCUGCAGGAGCAGCAGCAGCAGGCCCAGGCUGAAGUCCAGGCUCAGCCCUCACACUCACGCACACAAGAACAGAUAGUGGUGAGGGUGGAUGGCGGCCCCCAGCCUGACACGCCUUCUCCUGAAGUCUAAAGGAAGAGGAAGAGGAAGAAAAAGAAGAAGAGGAGGCUUCAGAGCUAAGGACGGGGAGAGGAGAGCAGGGACUUGAACUGUGGACCAAAAAGAAAGCAGGGGCGAGGACCACAUGGAAACGUCAAACUGACUGAUUCAUAUCAGAAGUGGACAAAGGAGCAAAGACUUGUAUGGACCUUUCAGCACCUUUGGGCCACAGUCUGACUCUUCAUCCCUGCAUAUAGAGUCCAACUCUAUCAAUCAGUGUGUGCCUGGACACAACUUCUACGGCAAUAUCAACCAAUAUCUGUACCAAUGUCACUGCAGAUACAUAAUCAUAGAUAUAUGCCAGGGCAUCUCGUAUUAACUGACUAUUCCAGUAUCUAAUAAUGACAUAAUUCUCACUAACUCCUCAGCCCCUUUUUAAGCUUUACAUUGUCCCCUUAAUUCCACAAUCACUCGCCAUGAAACAUAUGUGCCUGACAGGUAAAUAGGUAGAAAGGUUCUCCAUUAUCUCCUCUUUCUUUUCCUUGUGCCUCAAAGAGACUUUCUUCCUCAGAGACCAAGCUUUGUUUCUCUCACAUCUUCCUCUGUGGCGUCCCACUCUCUGAUAAUCCUCUGUCUCUCUCCAUAGAAUUCCCUCUAUUAGACCCCCGCCAUCAUCUGCGAUACAAAAAGCAGCGGGGGAGCCGUGAGUCACUCCCGAAACUUCUGAAGUUCCUUAUUCUUUUAUCAUUUAGCCACAGACGCUUUUCAUGGCAUGUUGUCUUGUAAAACGUGUCAUUGUUUGAGAUUGGCUGCACCGACAGAUGCAAAUGACUCAUAUUUGAGACAAAGGUCAAUAGCUGCGCAGCCCGCUCGGUUAUCAACAGUUUUUUUCUUUGGGUGAGAUGUGUAUUCCGGAACUCGACGUUGACCCCUUCACAGCGCCUCCAGGGAUUGAAUUUCAUGCUUAUAAUGUAACACCCCAUAAUGUUCGUUCCUCCUGUUUGUGGUGCAUUACUUUCAUUUUGUGGCUUGAGUUACACGGCUGAUUCAGCAGGGUGCCUCCAUGGCCCUGACAUAAGAAAAACAUCUCGGGACAGUGGAGCUCUGCUGACUCACUGUGAUGCUGUCUAAUGACGCCAUCAGUGACCCAGUAUACAGAGCUGCUCAUUAAACAGAUGCUUCAAUGAAUUCGGUACUGAAAAGAAACUGUACAAAAGGAAUCCCAUUUGUCGUUCUUUACGCUUACUGAGUGGAAAAUUGGGACACCCCUCAGAGACACCCACCCUCUCCACACUCACUCUUACAGUCUUGCGUACGACUCUGUCUGCGUGAUAGAGCCUGAUAAACAGUGCAGAGGCGCUAAUGCAUCGGUGGCGGCGGCGCUCACGUCAACACGGGGCCCAUUAGAUAGACGUCCUGACAGGCAGGUAGUAAUUACCUCAGGGUUUCAGCUUCAUUUACCCUCUGCUUGGCUCGGCUCAGCCACGUCUCAUCGGGAUUAAUGCUGCGGACAACAGAGGGGCGACACGGCUCUCUUUGAAGCCUCAGCAUGACAUUACAGAUCCCUUAUCUAAGUCUGAAGCCACUGACAUUUACUAUAUCGCCAUGGUGAUAUAAAAGCACUUAGUUGCAAGGCAGGGUGGCACCUUUUAUCACGCAGGACCACUUUAAUCUGCCUCCCUCCCGCUGCUUGCAGUAACUGUAAAAGAAGUCAACAUAGAUAUCUAGUAAAAGAAGUAUAGUGUAGCAGAGUUUGACUGCACUGCUUUAGCAUUCAUUUCUACAGAAGCGUGUACUUUCUCAGGGUACCUCUUGUUGUGGUGUGACUAAAGAUUAUCAAGAGAUCUGUAGAUGAUUUCUGUAAACAACCUGUAGAUGUAUGAUAGAGUAGGUAGGUAGGCAGGUACAAAUAUAAAGCAGCUGUUGAUGUUGAAAAAAGACAAAGAUACGGGUUGAUAUGCUAAUUAGCUGAUUCCGACACGAUUCCGACACUGAAUUUAAAGACAUAGUUGGACAUUUUGGGGAAAAAAAGUUAUUCACUUUGUUUCUCAGACUUUAAUAAGAAGAUCAAUACCACUCUCAUGUCCCGUACAGUAAAUACAAAGCUACCGCCAGCAUUUGGUUAGCUUAGCUGAGUAUAAAGACGGGAGUAACAGCUAGCCUGACUCUGUCCAGAGAUCACAAAAUCCACCUAGCAGGACCUUGAAAACUUACUCAUUACUACAUUAUAUCUAGUUUGUUUAAUACAAAAAACACAAGUGUAAAACACAACAUGUUUGGUGAUAAGCUGGACCAGAACUUCUUGACAAGGUAUCUAUCUUCUUAUGUAACUCUGGCAAAGAAAGCAAAUACCUGUACGAACUAAGAUAUGUUUACUUGUCGGCAGAGCUUGUAGAGUUUAGUGAGCAAUGGAUGGAUAAGAAAUGUCUGGAAGACAGAGAAAGUGAGUCAUUAAAUCAUGUGCGACGCUGCAUGGAUCGGUCGCAUGGUCACCAACAUCUCAAGAAAAUUAAAGUUUGUGGUCUCUUCGCCUGUGAUUCAUCUGGAAUCAGUGCAGCGAUAUGAAUGGAAACUAAUGAAACACUGCUGUUCUUCUGCACACACACACACACACACACACACACACACACACACACACACACACACACACACACAGUGUAUGAUUCACUCCUCUACUGAGAGAGCUGGUGUGAUUCAUCCUGAUCCUAGCUGUCGCAGUGACAUUAAAGCAGACGCUGCUACAGUAUGAGUGACCAGAGUGUUGAUUUAAAGAAAAGAAAAUCCUCGACUCUGUGGCCCCCUGAGGCCCAAUUGACCCUCGAGCAGCGCACUCAUCCACCCUGAACCGACUUAUUCUCUUUCUCCUGCAGCUUGUGAAGUGAGACACACAAUGGAAGAAUGUACAACCUGAAUAUAAACAGAAAUAUGCAAGACACAUUCAAGGAUAAGGUUUAUGUUUGCCCUCAUUCUGUUGUUGUAAAUUUGUCUUUCCUGUUAUUUUUUUAUAUUCUGACUAGUAUUAUACUUUUUGGAGUCAGUAUUUUUUUCUAAAUAUGUUAUUUUGUCGCACUUAUUAGAUGUAAUAUGAAUGCACUCAAAGAGUGUACCACAGUUCAAGUGCCUGUGUACAGUGUCAGGUCUUUAAGUUUAGAAGUUCGACUAUAUUUUUUUUGUGCAGUUUUUCCACUUAUUUUAUGAUUUUGUUGUGCAUUUCUUUGAUAUGUUGAGAGCUAAUAAAGGUUUUUAGUAAACAGAAUUCAGACGAACUUUGGAGACUCAAGCAAACUGUAUAAACCUGGCACAAAUAUAGAGAGACUUACAGUACACAGUUUGCCAAUGAAGACAUACUGUAUGUUAACAUGCUAUAAAUACUUGCAACUAACAGGAGGUUCAUGUAGCAGUACAAAAACAUACACAUGACACCUGAGACGUCUACUCUAAAACUCACAUAUGCUAUUAGUCAAUAGAAAUCACCUCUCCUGUGCAGAGGUUUUGCAUGUACAGUAAGUUUCAUCAUGUACCUCCAGAGGCGACGAGACAUGUAAUCUGCCGUAACAUGAAAAUCGUUACAAACUUGAAACAGAUGGAUCAGGACCUGCUCCUGAAAAAGCUGAAUGUCACCUGUACUUACCUACUAAUGUAAAAUGCAUUGUGUAAAUGUGAAUUUCUUAGAGUUGAUACAAGAUACAACAAUACACUAUAAAAUGUAAAAAAAAACAACUAAAAUGUUUGCAAAUGAAUUGAGCAUCUAUAAUACAAUAAACAGAGAAGUCAUUGCA